CGUGAUUAUCAUUCUUGUGGGGAGAAUCUCCUCGCCAUUGAUUGUUAUCAUGAUAAAGUCCACCGCUGCCAUAGAUCCUGCCCACUGCCCAGCAAACCAGAACCCACCGCGUGCUCCACCGACCCACACCAUCUUCUCUCCGGACUUCUCUCCGCUCUCACCUCAUCCGAAUCGCAAACCCACCACCAGGUCGAACUGGCAUCGCGACCACAACAAUGACAUCCGACACCAAUGCCCUCACCGAGACUAGCGCGCCUCCACCCACAAUCGACCAUGCCGCACAACGUCAACCCUGGGGUUUGGGGGGCAGCAGCGACCAGCCCCACGCAAAGCCCGCCGCCGAAGAUGACCUCGCGCCAGUACCGGCACCACUACCUCCAACUCAACCCUCAACCCACCUACCAACACUCUACACCCUCUCGCACCUCAUCUUCUUCUCCAUCCUCGGUACACUCGCGCGCCUUGGCCUUCAAUCGCUAACCUUCUACCCCGGCGCGCCCAUCAUCACCGGCGUCCUAUGGGCCAACCUCUCCGGCUCCCUGGUGAUGGGCUUCCUCCUCGAAGAUCGAUUCCUCUUCGCCAGCCAAGAAAACCACAAAGCCGUCAAAAAGACCAUCCCGUUGUACAUCGGCCUCACCACCGGGUUCUGCGGCAGCUUUACCUCUUUCUCCUCCUUCAUCCGCGACACCUUCCUCGCGCUGACCAACUCCCUCGCGGUGCCUGAGGACACGACCGACGCGCACCAGUCCCGAAAUGGCGGGUACAGCUUUAUGGCGACCGUCGCCGUGAUUAUCGUCACUGUGGCCGUCAGUCUCUCUGCGCUACUGUUUGGCUCGCAUCUUGCGCUGGCGCUGAACCAUACCAUUCCCCCGCGAGUCGAGAAACCAACCUCCAACAGGACCCGUGGUAGCAGCGCAGCCCGCACCAAUAAUCUGAUCAACAUGCUCGCCCUGCUUCUAGGCUGGGGCAGCUGGAUCGGCGCCGUCUUCCUCGCUCUCUUCCCACCGCACACAUACUGGCGGGGCGACUGCGUCUUCGCCAUCGUCUUCGCCCCGCUCGGCUGCCUGCUCCGCUACUAUCUCUCGCGGUGGCUGAAUGCGCGCCUCCCGGCCUUCCCGCUGGGGACCUUCGCGGUGAAUCUGGUCGGGACUGUCGUGCUGGCCAUGUGCUUCGAUCUGCAGAGAGUGGAGGGGAUUGCAGGCGCCGUGGUGAGCUGCCAGGUGCUGCAGGGGGUCAUGGAUGGGUUCUGCGGCGCCGCGACGACGAUCAGCACCUGGGUCGCCGAGUUGAAUGGCCUGCCCCGCCGAAGGGAGGCGUAUUUGUACGGGGUGGCCAGUGUGGGCGUCGCGUUGGGGUUCUUCGUCGUCAUCGCGGGCUCGUUGGCGUGGACUCGGGGUUUCGCGGAGCCGAUCUGUUCGUGAUUCUGGGACGGAUUUGACUUGGCGGAUGAGGUGUGGACAAAAACUCACCAGGUUUGGAUAGACUAAUUAAG